AUGGCACUCUUUGAUCGAAGGGUGUUUGUCCGUUACGAUGUACCGGGACCUGCACUUUGGCAUGAGCGCUGGGUGUUGGAUCACGUGGCGGCGGAGAGCUACUCAGUAGUCACACCCGAUCAAGAUGUGUAUGUUGAAGAUCUGUCUGUAACCAAUGAGGACCUGCUCGGGAUUCGGAUGCGCGGAGCGGGCGGUGGACUCCCAGUCGGCAUCCGGCGCUCUCAAGCUUACGAGCUACCAGCUUUCAGCGCGGGCCGCAUGGCGGCACUACGAGUUGAGGCCACCCGCAUCGCCGAUGAAGAGCGGGUGGACCGCGCCGCGGUGAUGCCGGCGAUGGCAGCCGCUGCCGCCCCUGCCCAAGGAGCGGCGGUCAGUGAAGGACAGGUCUGGGUGCGGAUAGAGAGCACUGAGGAACAACCUCGAGGCGAAAUCAUCGAGCUCGAUGGCUCCGAGGUCUUGCAGGGCGACUUGGGGCUGAAAGCUGAAGGACGCGGUCACAUUGCCAUCCGAAGGAUGCUGCGCACGGAGGUGGAAAAGUACAAGGGCAAAGAGGCCUCUUCCGACGCAAGGCUUCUUGGCCUGAGCUUUCAGGGAGUGCAGCGAGAAGAGCGGCAAUGGCGCGAUGUGAGCAAAGAGAUUCGAGAGGAGCGCCUCGAGGACUGGGCUGUGCCGGGUCCCCGAACAAGUGCAUGGUGCGUGCGAUUCCUGAACAGACGGAAUGGAGGGCCGUCUGAUCAUCAUCGAUGGUGGGUCCAGAACCAUGCGCUGAAGCACGAUGCUUGGGGAGUAGCUGAGCACGACAAUCUCAUGAAGAUCUUGGACAGGCUCGGGAGGUACGAUGGCUUGGAUCUGGCGAAUCUCGCCGGGGUCGAAGUUGCCUUUAGGAGAUUGCAGUUGAUUGAGUACAUGUACUCCGAGCGGGGCCCCGGCGGAGGUAAAGGAUCAGGAAAAGGAGAGAAGAAGAAUCACGAUGGAACCUUGCCACAAUUCGAAGCCACGAUCUUCUCCGGUGCCCACAAGGAGUUUGGUGAUGUCAUGGUGGCUCCAUCUUUGCUCGAGUAUGUCGCCAAGGAGGUCGAAUCCGAGGCGGCAGUGAUGAAGCAAGUGCGUAAAGCGCGUGAGGAGCGCGCUGCAGCCACUAAGUGA